CACAACACUCUUCUUCUUCUCAUCAAUCUUCCGACUCAUUAUGCAACUCAGUCUUUCCAGCUGAAGAUGGAGCCAAUGAGUUCAUCAAACCCGAAUUCUAGAAGUGCUGGUGCGGCUGAAGUGGAGGGUUUUGAGAAUUCUGUCAAUGAAAUUUCAGCUAAAGUUAAUACGCUUGAGAAAAGAGUGAACGAGGUAGAGCAGUAUUACUUGAGGAAAGUCAGUCAGCAACCAACCACUUCGAAGGACAGGGAGAAGCACUUUAACACCAUCAAGAAGCAGCAACAAGAUGCAGCACGUAGGGAAGCCGCUGCUGCAAAGAGAAUGCGGGACCUGCUGAAUAAGUUUACUGCUGUCUUCAAACAGAUCACUCAGCACAAGUGGUCAUGGCCUUUCAUGACGCCUGUAGAUGUUCAGAAACUGGGAUUGCAUGACUAUCAUCAAGUUAUUGAAAAGCCCAUGGACCUUGGUACAGUACAAAGGAAAAUGGAAGCUGGUGGGUAUAAGAGUGUUAGAGAGAUAUAUGCUGAUGUGAGGUUGACAUUCAAGAAUGCAAUCAAAUACAAUGAUGAAGAAGAUGAUGUCCAUCUGAUGGCUCAAACGUUGUUGGAAAAAAUAGAAGAAAAAUGGCAACAACUCUUGCCAAAAGUUAUUGAAGAGGAGAAAAGACAAGCAGAUGAGGAAGCACAGGCUCGUGUAGACAUAAAACAAGCUGAGGAGGUUGCUUAUGCCAGCAUGGCCUGGGAUCUUAGCAGUGAGCUUUUUGAGAUAGAUGUAUAUUUGAAAGACCUCAGAAAAGUGGUGGUUCAGAAGUGCAGGAAAAUGUCUUUUGAUGAUAAAAGACGACUUGGAACAGCUCUCACACAGUUAUCUCCUGAAGAUCUCAGCAAGGCUUUGGAUAUAGUUGCUCAGGAUAACCCUGAUUUCCAAGCAACUGCACAGGAGGUGGAUCUGGACAUUGAUACUCAGAGUGACUACACAUUAUGGAGGUUAAAGGUUUUUGUCAAGGAUGCAUUAAAACUUAAGGCCCAAGCUGCUGCACAAAUUCCUGAAGCCAUGGGUGGCAAGAAAGUUAUUACCAACAAAAGAAAUAGAGAGCCGUCGGACGCCGUUGCCAAGCCUGCCAUUAAAAGGACCAAAAAGAUCUCUGCUAUGUAAUCUUGCUUGCAUGUCGUGUGACUUGAUUUAGUUACUAGAAAAAUCAGUGUAAAUUUUGUGCAGCUUCUGACACUAAUCCUGUACAUCACCCUAAUGUCAGAGCCAUGGAUCUGUUCCUGUCUAGUUAUAUAAUAUAAACAAUCAAACUCUCAUUUUGUGUAAAGAUCAUUUACAUGGGCUGCUUUUCUUCUGCUGCCUACUGUUCUGCUGUCUUCUGUAUGAGGUCACACUUGCCGAUGGGGCAGAAGGCAACUAUCACAGGCACAGGCUGCAAACUAAGCUAUCAUUUACAUGGUCCAGUAAUCUCCGCUGAGCAAUGCAGACCUGAAACUUCAAAACUGCACAUGCCUUCUAACAAAUUGGCAAACUUAAUUGGAUAUACUAGCACACCCAUAAA